AAAAAUUGAAACGUUUAAUAAACAGUCAACAGUAAGCAGAAUGUGACCAACUUCCACAACUGUUGAGAAUAUAUUGACGUCGUCAGUAAUGGCAGAGAGAAAGCGUCGUGAUUCAGCUGUUGAGUCUGAUCUCUUGCAAAAGCGUUUUAGAGCAGACUCCAACAGCAAAGACGAUGACGAGGGUGAUGACGAUGAUGGUGAUGAUGGUGAGGAGGAGGAGGAGGAAGAAGAGGAAGAAGACAAUGUUACCAAUAUCUACUGUCAACUUUCUGAAUAUGACCAGGCGAUCCUACUUCAUUUGUUGGCAAGACAUGGCUGGAUUUAUUCUAUAGAUGAAGGGAUAGAUGAAGGGACAGAUGAAGGGGAACUCCAUGAAUAUUUGGAAACAUUUAGAAACUUGUGUGACAUGGACAGCAGACCAGUAGAGGAGGAUAUCCGUUUUAUUAAAUCAAUGGCUGACAAAGGGGACGUGUUGAAGUGGGACGGUGGAAAACUAGAGUUUUCUUCUCCUGGGGUCAGAUAUAGGGUUAUUGAAGAGUUUGCAGGCUGUGUCAGAACUGACAGUGAAUAUCUGAUAUUGAGCAUAAUUAUUGAGAAGAACUGGAGUGACCCUAAAUCUGAAGGAAUUAGAAAACGAAUCACCCAGAGCAUUCUACAGCCUUUUUUCUGGAGAAAAGGACUUGAUUCCAUCGACCUCUUUGUCACAAAGGGAUAUCUGAUUAAUAUGUUCUGUGAUGGACGGAGAGUUAUCAGCGAAAUACUGUGCCUUCCCUAUGAUGUAUUCAAUCUUGAUGACGAUACCACGAACCGGUUAAUACAAUUCACAAAGACACUGGAAUCACAGCGACAGGCGCCCCCCGGUAUCCUGAGUCACAACAGUGCUCUUGGAUCAUUUUUAAUCCUUGAGAAUUUGGACAAAACAAUAGAUUUGUAUGGACUGUCACUCUCCAGACAAAAAUGGAGCAUUCUUAUCCACAUCUUGACAUCAGAGAAAUACAAUGCGUCUCUAAAUUCAUCAUGGAAAGAUAAAACAAGAGCUCUGGGAGAAGUAUUUCCAGUCCUGCAGAACGACUCUAUAGUCGAUGAACACGAUGUCAUUAAGGAAUUGAUUGAAAAUGACAAAGUACUGACAUACCAAAAGAACAAUAGCUCCGUUGGGUUCGCGUCAGACGAUGUCCGCCAUCAGGUGAUGAGUUACUUUGUCCAGAAUUGUCUGAACACUGUCGAGGACUAUGAGAACUACUUCAGAUUGUCGUCAGUAGACUCGUUGUUGGAGUAUGUACGUACGUGGUGGUACAACAGAGAUACAGAUGAACGAUGUAUGUACCUAACGGAGGGACUUGAGGAGUCCUUUAUCAAGAGACUUGGAAUUGAUGCAAUACGUCAUAUAAUGGUGGAGUUUAGAGAAGACAGUGACGGCAACAUCAGUAGAGGAAGAGAGAACUGCAUUCUAGAUAAAGUGAAACAAAUACUUGAUCAGGUACCAGAUGAAAUCUCCGACUGGGAUUACGAAGCACGGUGUCGGUACGUGGAGUGUGCUAAAAGAGGAACACAGACAAUACACAGAGCGCGUAUGAUGAUCGUGGGCUGUGCCGGAGCUGGUAAAACUACUCUUCUUAGACGUCUACAGAAACAGGGUUUAGAGGAGUUAAAACAAGUGGAGUCUACUGUAGGACUGGAGGUUCAUGAAGAUCUGUUUGAAAUAACAGACAGUGGUUGUUUGAGAGCACUACCUAAGGAUACAGGAAAAGAGGACAAGCAGAUUCUGAGUGUUGUGGACUUCGGGGGACAAUGUGCCUAUUACGCCUGCCAUCAAGUUUUCCUCAGCAGAAGAGCAUUUUACCUGCUCGUUUUGGACAUGUCCAAAUCUUUCAGUGAAAAGGUUGAUGAAAGUUUGUGUGAACAAAAUGGAACAAUGUUUGCCGACUGGACUUACGGAGGGUAUGUUAUGUUCUGGCUUAAGUCAAUCCACACAUACUGUGCAGAGGACACGUCCAUUAUUGUUGUAGCAACACACAGUGAAAAUACCGACGAAAGGGACAAGGAGGAUUUUUUUGAUAGACUUUUGGAUUUGCUUCCGGCAGAUGAUACAAAGCUUAAGAAACACUUUCGCCGGAAUAGAUGUUUCUUUAUCGGUCUACCUAUUGAUGAUACCGGCUGCUUGGAUCCUUUAUCUGACUUAGAACAUUGCAUUGUUUCCAUCGCCAAGGAUCAUAGAUGGAAAGAAUCUAUUCCCAAAGAAUGGUCAGUAAUUGAAUUAGUUUUCAUGAAGCGGAAGGAAAAAGCGAAAGAAUUCGAUGAACGAAUUGCAAGGAUUAUUCCAGUCAGCGAACUGGAGGAAAACUAUUGGCUUGAUUCGAAAAAUGCCCGUGUGAAGGUUCAAGAUGCUUUACGCUUUUUCAAUGACAUCGGUUUGAUUCUCUACUUCAAUGAAAAAGAACUGUUAGAAUCACUUGUUAUCGAUGUCCAGUGGUUCGUCGAUUCUUUCAAGUUCAUUAUAUCAGACAAGAAACACGUCCGAGAUUUGGCAGAAACUGACAAUGACUGGAAAUAUUUCAACCAAACCGGAUACCUCAGACACAGUCUUCUUACACGUAUCUGGGAAGAUUUAUUCAUAGAGUCAGAAGAGGAAGAUUCAAUAUUACAGUACAUGCAAAGACUUGGACUAUUGGCGAUUGGGGAUGAUAAACAUUAUGUUCCUUGUAUGAACAAAAGAGACUUUGGUAGAAAGGAAACCAUCGCACUGCGGGGGAUGGAAACGAAAUCGUCAGUGCUAGUACUUCAUUUCGAGUUCCUGCCCUUCUUCUUCUACUGUCGGUUGAUAGUUGCUUGUAUUGUUGGUACUGAAUGGAAAGUGGUGAUAGAUAAUGCGAUACCGUGCCUAUAUAAAGAUGUCGCUAUAUUCGUUUACAAAGACCACCUUAUUGCCCUUGUUGUGACGAUAUCAGCAAUACAGAUUCAGAUAUUUCGUCCACAAAAUACACCUAUAGAUCCUGAUAUCGCCUCAAAUAUAAAAACAACUCUAGAGAACAGACUAGGAUACUUAAUGAGCACAUUUCACAAAAAAGUGACAUACAGGAUCGCGUUCCAAUGCUCUGUCCAAGAUGUUUUGACUCGAGAUGUGAAUUGUUAUGUGUAUCAAGAGGAAAUACCAGACAGGGGAGAAGUAAUGUGUCCAAGGCACCAAUUCCCUGAGAAUCAUCUACUAGAUGUGGAAGCUUUAACAAAGUUCUGGAAGUCUAGUCCAAUGAAUCUCUCUUCGCAGAAUGGAAAUGAGAAAGUGGAUACGACACAUGAAGAGAAAAUUCAGAAACUUGUGAAAACCGGAAGAGAUGCUUUACAAGCGUAUUUUGACACAAUAUUUCCAUCGGAUGAUUUAGAACAGUGUCUCCAAGAUCACAAGACUCAUCUAACAAAGGGACAAUUCAAAUUCACGGAAGAUCAGAUAGAAACUGUUUACCCAGCAGGUUGUAGUUCAAAAGUCAUGUCUACGUCGUUUGAUGUUCCAAUCAUGUACAAACUUUUGAGGAACUUUGGCGACAAUGUACCUCCCCCGACUAGAGACUGGGGAAAGGAACCAGCGGUUGGACAGAAAACGAAUGGAGAUGAUAUCGAGAGAAUCCGAAAGUUCAGGAAUAUGAGUGCACAUGGUAAACUGACUGAAAACUGUAUGGAUGGGGAAGAUUUCAGACUUUACUGGGAGGAGUUGGCACAGGCAAUAAUGAGACUUACAAAUGGUUCAUUCAAGAGUAGAAUUGAUGCAAUUCCUCGUUAGUCUCAAAAGGAUCCCACACAGCCAAACGUUCACCAAACCAAUACUUGGAUACAAUUGUCAGACUAUUUCGUUGUUAUCAUAGAAGAAAUACCCUUGAUCCGUGGACUCUACUUGUGGCGUCAUAGCUUAAAAUUAUUCUUUUAUUUGAAUUUAAUGGCCAAUGAAUAUUCUGAUGGUUUAUGGGAUAUACAAGGCGUUGGACAUUUUCAUGAUAUUUUGAAAAUUAAGAAAUAUAUCUCUGUGGGUGCACUAUAGCGAAGCGAGUACUUAGACUAUCAACAAACAAAAAAAACCUUACACAUUUGAUUGUUUAUUACAAAAUACACUGCCCUUAAUUAGAUCGAUAAGAUAUAUUGAAAUUGAUUUAUACUACUCUUUGCUCGUCGAUAUGGAAUCCUUGUGCCGGGGGUGCUAAGGGAUAAAAGAACCAAAAUGGAAUAAAGUGUUUGAUGUUAAAUAUAUCAUUUUCAUACGGAAAAGAGUUGUAUGAUUGUAUCAUGUACCUAUGAAUUACGUGAUGAAAAAUAAUAAGGAUAAACAAGUGACAGUGCUCUAGAUGACAGAGAACGUACUUUUAAAUGUGUUCAUGGCAACUUCCUAAUGAAGGGUUGGAUAUAACUUUUGAAAUUUGAUAUUUCUUGGAAAUCUAUUGUUCCCGGUUUUAUAAAUGCACUCUCAAGCAUCAAUAUCAUCUUGAAUUUUUCAUGAUCAUAGACAUGGUUUACAAUCCACAGGUACAUGUAUAACAUGGAUACGCAAUCUAUAACGUAAAUUAAAAGUAGUUUGAUGUUUUGUCGUAUAUUGCUAACUUGUGUACUGUGAAAAGGUGUGAAAACUGCAUAUAAUAGCACUGUUCGUUAUCUUCGCCUUUCAUGCAUCAUAAUUUUUCAACAUGUUUGUGAGCAUAUUUACAUGUACAUUUAGUUGUAACAUAAAAUCAUGCUGAUAAUGGUUGUAUUUAGCAAUGUUUUAAUGCAUUUCCUCAAUGGAAUUAUAUAGCAUAUAUUUUAGAAUCCUACAGAGUGUAUGAGUAGAUGACGAAUAGUCACUUCCGAUAGAGAAUAAAGGAAGUUGAUUAUAAACACCGUAUGCAUUCGAAACCAUGUUUUAUAGAGUUCAACUUAAACUGCUGUUAAAGAAAUAAUGUGACUUUGCGAUAUUUGACGAAAUAAAAACAUUGAAAUUAUUA